GCAGAACCAAUAAGGAUAAUCCAACUCAGCUUCUUCACUCCCCUCACCUUAUCAAGAAUCCCCUUAUAGUUAACCACCACCAAUCUUCAAUCUCCUCCUCACUGAAUCUAAAAACCUUCCCUUCUCUUCUCACCCCCACACUCCCAUCUCACACACCCCUCGCAUCCAACAAUGUCUCUCACCAUUCCCUCCAACCUCUCCAAGCCCGCCGCCCUCCGCCCCAAACUAAGCCCAAAGCUAAGGUCCGCCGCCACAACCACCAUCGUCUGCAGCACCACCAACAACAACAACAACAACAACGUGUCCUCCGACCUGAAGGCGUUCUCCGCCGCGCUGGCCCUCUCCUCCAUCCUCCUCUCCGCCCCUCUCCCCGCCGGCGCCGACAUCUCGGGGCUCACCCCAUGCAAGGAGUCGAAGCAGUUCGCGAAGCGUGAGAAGCAGUCGAUAAAGAAGCUGGAGUCGUCGCUGAAGCUCUACGAGGCGGGCAGCGCCCCCGCACUGGCCAUUAAGGCGAGCGUGGAGAAGACGAAGAGGAGGUUCGACAACUACGCGAAGCAGGGGUUGCUGUGCGGCGGCGAUGGGUUGCCGCACCUGAUCGUGAGCGGAGACCAGAGGCACUGGGGUGAGUUCAUCACACCCGGAAUACUAUUCCUGUACAUCUCGGGAUGGAUCGGCUGGGUGGGUCGGAGCUACCUGAUUGCGAUCAGGGACGAGAAGAAACCCACCAUGAAGGAGAUCAUCAUCGAUGUUCCUCUGGCUUCUCGCUUGCUCUUCAGGGGUUUCAGCUGGCCCGUUGCUGCCUACAGAGAACUCAUCAACGGCGACCUCAUUGCCAAGGAUGUCUAGAUAAGAGAGGGUGGAUGGCUACAUUGGAGGAAAGCCUGGAGAAUUUGUAUGUGGAUGGGAUCUUUACGCGCUCUUUUUGUAAUUACUUUUUUUAUAAAUGGUACAUGAUAUGAUGUAAUCUAAUGCAUGUGAACCACAAUCAACCUCAUCUUCCAAUUCAAUUAAUGUAAGAAGAGUUCUUGCUACACUCUCUCAAA